CAGUCGUUUCCGAAUGUUCGUGGAGGAUUUGUCACUUUGGGUGUCAUGGCUUCUCGUACUUCAGACGGCCCAUUCUUUGGUUGAAAUUCAAAAUAAUUGCAAAAAACACCUAAUUUGGUCAUAAUACUUGCAUGCAAAUUGGUGUAAGGACCUAAAUAUACUUAUCAGGGAUCACCUAAAUAGAGAAAACAUCGUAGGAUGGCCACGGCCGUUCAAAAAAAUGGCCUAAAAUCUCUUAACAACGGAAAUAGACUAGUGCACCAUCAAAUGCAGGGGCUGAAUGGCUAUGAGAACAUGAUUCCACAGAACCAGUACGAAAUUAAAACAGAACCUAUCAUAGAUGAACACAAUGAAGAGAAACCCUUGCUGGUCCAUGAGGAAAGUGAACAGCAUGCAGUAGAAGAAGAAGGAGAGCCAGAGAUAGAUAUUGUCAUAAACAAUGUAGUGUGUAGUUUCAGUGUUCGUUGCCACUUGAACUUAAGGCAAAUCGCGUUGAACGGUAUCAAUGUUGAAUAUCGUAGGGAAAACGGAAUGAUAACAAUGAAAUUGCGUCGUCCUUAUACCACCGCAAGUAUAUGGUCUUCCGGUAAAGUUACUUGUACAGGUGCAACUAGUGAAGAUGCAGCCAGGUUGGCUGCCAGAAGGAUUGCUAGGUGUUUGCAAAAACUUGGGUUUAAUGUAAAGUUUAAUAAUUACAGGGUCGUGAAUGUUUUGGGAACUUGUUCAAUGCCCUUUGCUAUUAGGAUAAAUUCUUUUUCUGAACAGCAUAGAGAAGCAGACUAUGAACCAGAACUCCACCCUGGAGUAACAUACAAACUACAAAAUCCAAAGGCUACAUUAAAAAUAUUCUCCACAGGAAGUGUCACAGUGACAGCACCAAGUGUACAAGCAGUUCAAGCAGCCAUUGAGCACAUAUACCCCCUAGUAUACGAGUUUCGUAAGGAACGAUCCAAAGAAGAACUCGAGGCUUUGGCAAAGAAAAAGUUGAAGCAGGGAGAGUACAGCGAUAUUGAUAUUGGUUUCACAGCGGAAGAAGACCAAGAGAUGGAAACAGACGAAGAAAACUGGAGAGAUUAGAAGAUCUCCAAGAGAAACAUCUUUUUUCCUGUUAUGAGGCAGAUAGAUUUUUUAGUUCUUGUCACAAAUUAACAAAAAAAAUGUCGCUUAGCGAAAUCGCCUUCCGUUCGAGUAUUGAAGAUAUUUUCAGUUCAGUACGACUAGUCAGAUCGGACAUUUCUAUAUUAUUAAUUCAUUUUGUGAACGAAUUUUUUUCUCGGUUAUUAUUUAUUGAAGCCCAACUAUUUAUAUGAGACUGCGGAAAUGUUUUUUGUUUUCCACUUUAUUAAUGAUAAAUCCUGUACUGUUGUAUAAUUUUUGUUUGAGUUGUUUAGUUAUUUAUGUUGCGAUAUGAUGAGUGGUGUGACUGAUAGAGCAUUUAAGGAGUUUUUAUUUUAUUAAUUUACUAAUAUAUGUGUUGGUUAGGAAAAUCGAGCAAGUUUUGACCUUACUAAACUUACUUUGAAAUAACUGUUAACCAAACGUACCUAUGGAAUUAGAUACACGUAAAAAUUGUGGGAAACAAGUACUCAGUAGUCAUUGACAACACUUUGAAGCUACAAAAAACAAAAGAUAAAGUAAGAAAGUUACCUAUAUGUGGGGAUUAAAGUCAUUGUGGUGCAACUGACGUUUUAUUUUAAGAAAGGGUUUAUCAGACUUAUUAUAAUAAAUUUCAAAAGCAGGCCACUUUAUUGUGAAGUUCGUUCAUUAAGUUCAUAAAAAAAGUAAAAAAAAACGGUGUUUUCCGUCUGACAAGUCAUUUUUUCACAUUGGUGAAUACCUUGGAUUUUAUAACAAUUGGAAUUCCGAAUUGAAUUUCCUACACAAGUGUGAACAACCGGAUUGUCAGGAUAUAAGAGUAAUUUUUUCUUUUUAAUUGUGGACGUUUUUCUUUGAUUUCCUUGCUUAACCGAUGCAAUAACGAUGCAUAAUACGCACCAGUUCUCGUCUUUCCUUUGUCCAAGUAAUCAAUGAAAAUGAUGCCGCGUCCAUCCCAAAACUCUGUGGCCAUUAUCUUGCCGGCCGAUUUUACUCUAACCCUGACUGUCUAUUUGUUUCUGCAGUAAGGUAGUGAAACCAUGUUUCAUCCACAGUAAUAUCUCCGAAGAAACUCCGCAGGAUUAUCACGGAAGAGCACCGAAAUAGCCUCAGAGUCGAUGACAUGAUUGCGCUUAUUCUCUUCUGUCAGCAAACGCGCUACCCAUCUUGGCGAAAUUAUAAGUAUAUAGACAAUUUUUCGUGCAAAAAAUAUUUUUGCAUACAACUGCCCAAAUUUUGCAGGCAUUUGUCAUAGUAUGACACAAGUUUUCUAUGCCUUCUUCAUAGAAGGUUGCCGCCUCUGUCUUCAACCCGAUGGAAACAUUUUCUUUCAGCUCCCCGUCACUGUUGAAGUGUUGACCUCCAAGGAAAGACUUAAGAUGUAAGAACAGAUGAAAAUCGCUAUGAGCAGGUCAGGGUUGAACAAAGGAUGGUCAAACACGUCCCAGCCAAAUCCCUGUAGGAGGUUUCUCGUCACAUUUGCAGUCUGUGGUCGUGCAUUGUUGUGAAGAAAAACAACACCUUUUUACAAAAAUCCUCGGCGUUUAUUCUAUAUUGCGCGGCGCAAUUUGCUAAGUGUCUCGCAGUAAACAUCUGCAUUGAUUGUUAGACCUCGCGGUAAGAAAUCAAUCAGUAAGAUGCCUUUCCUGUCCCAAAACACUGUGCACAUGAUUUUUCGAGGUGUCAAGAUUUGUUUCGGCUUAACCCUUGCUGGAGAUGAAGUGUCUCUUCAUUCCACUGAUUUCUGCUUAGUUUUAGGGUGACUAUCUGUGAUAGAAAAUCUUCGCCGCCUUCAUCAUAACGGAUUAAAAACUGAAGUGCACUACCCAUCCGUUUUGUUGUGUGUUCCUCAAUGAGAAUUUUUUGUACCCAACGUGAGCAAAGUUUACGAAAUUUCAGUUUUUCGGUAACAAAUUCAUGAAUUAGUGAUCGUGAGAUUUGGGGAAAUUCUAUAGCGAGAGCACUAAUUGUAAACUUACGGUUUUCCUAAAGUUUUUCAUCAAUCGCUCGAACCAGUUCUUCUGUAAUCAAAGAUGGACGUCCACUUCGUUCUUCAUCGUGCACUUCACUACGUCGUUCAUUGAACUGUCGGACCCAUCUUCUCACCAUUAAAUCACUCAUCACGUUUUGUCUAUAAACUUCACAAAUUUGCCAAUAAAUUUCAAUUGGUUUCACUUUCUUAGCAUUCAGAAAACGAAUCACAGAUCUAAUUUCACAAGCGGCGGGAUUUCGAAUCAACACCGUAAACAAGCAUAACAAAGCAUACGUGGCUUACAGCGAACUCAAACUGGCGCACGUUUCUUCUCCUUGAUAUAGAGCGCCUGUCGCGCAUGCGCGAAACUGCGGUAGCAGCGCUGCAGCGGAUAUAAAUAGAAACGGAACUUACUUUCUGGACGUACCUCGUAUUUAGGUAUCGUUGGGUAGUUAAGCUAGCCUCAAAAAUUGUAUAUACAAUUUUAGUGCUCAAUACAAAACAUGAAACACUAAAACCAACACAAAUCGACCUUGUUGCUGGUAUUCAAAAGUAAUAUAUUGGUUUUCUUGACGCGACUUUACAACAUAUACCCUGUGUCAGCACAAGCUCCGCCUUCUAUCUGUACGUCAUCUUUCGCGCAAGAACAGAGACUUUUUUGUACCCGCUGUCAGCACAUCUUACUAAAUAUACCCGAUUCUAGCGCAAUUGCGCCAUUUUUCACGUUGCGUUGAUAUUAUGUUACAUGAAUCUUAUUAGCACGUGGUUCCUAAUUAAGAGUUUGUUGUCUUGCACCUUUUCCCGCGAUUGCUUUUUCUUUAAAGGCUUAAGAAAAAUGUCUGAAUUAUAUAUAAGAAAAUAUUUUAAUCUGCAAGAAGAAGAUGUGUUAGAGAUCGAAUCGUUUUCUGAUAACACCAAUUUUAACGUGUGCGUACGAACAAAUCUAAACCGAAAUAAUAUGGAAAUAGAUUAUAGCGAGCAGUGCAAUAAAUGGAUACAAAACUUCAGUGGGAGUACAAAAACACAGUAGAUUGUCAGGAAAUCGUUUCCAAAUUUAAAAACAAUAUUAUAUAAGAAACAGUUCGUGUGCCACCAUUCCAAUUUUAAUAAAAUAGCUAAUGAAAAAAGGUUCGUUCUAAUAAACGAAUAAAAGGAAAAGGAUGCACCGCAUCUAUCGAAAUAAAAAUUAAAAAGAUUAGAUUAACAGAUUUACAAUAAGAAAUGACAGUCACUUAAAAUCCGGACUUUCUGCUGUUAUAAUGGUAAGUUUCAUUAUUGUAAUAUGGUGUUCCAACUAAAACAAUCCACCCCCAAUAAUUCCCUCCCCUUUAAAAAAAAAAUAAAAAAAGCUUGGACCCGUCGAUUUUUGUUGUGAGGGGGACAAAUUUUUUCCCUAUUUUCGGCUUUGCUCCUUUACUCCCUAACCAUGGGAUACGAUUUACCCCCAAAAUGGUAAAUAGCAUUUAUUAUUUUUAUUCCCUCCUGCUCUCAUCAGCCAUAUACUAUCAACCAAUGUUUAAAUCGGGUAUAUUUAGUAAAGAUGUGCUGCUGGUGGGUAUAAAUAGUUCUCGUUCUAACGGCUACGAAUGACGUAUCAUAGAAGGCGGAGCUUGUGCUGACACAAGGUAUAUGUUGUAAAAUCGCUUUUCUUGACACCAAUGUCUUGUAUUUGCCUAUUAAAGAUGCCGCUGCUGCUUGUAUGGGAUUCGUCAGAUCAUAUUACCUUAUUUGCAAAAACCGGAUCUUCAUAAGUUUUGGGUAAAAACAAAUUAGAAAAUUCUCGAACAAUAUUUACCUUAUACGGUUUAAAUUUGCUUUUUUUAAAUUUUUUGCUCUUUUGUUUUUGAAACUCGUACCUCUUCCUCUAUCUACAGGAAAUUUGGGAUCCUCCUACACACGCUAAAACUAUUAUUUCGCCAGCUCCAUGUCUGUCAACAUGAAGGUUUUGAAUAGGAGCUAUAAUUUAAAAGAUUGGAUUUCAAUCGGAAUACCGUAGUCGGAGAUGGCUGACGUCUUUCUGGGAACCUUAUAUGAUCUUUUUUAUUUUUUGAAUUUUGUAACAAAAUAAUAUAAGCCGGUUCUUUAUCUAUUUAAAUAUAAUUGCAGCGCUGCUUCAAGAUUUUCGUUAGAAAUGUGUAAACAUUUUAUAUCAUAUUUUUAAAAAUUUUGAAAUUCCAUGUUUUCACCGUCACCAUCAUUAUUGAUUUGUAUUGACUCUGUGACUUAGUUUCCAUGAAUGCAAUAAAUAAAACAUUUUUUAUGCAUGUGUGAUUUUUCUUACUCUUGAAGCAAAAGUUUAUUACAAUUAAGUGGUGACACAUCAACGUAUUCAGAAAAAAAAUGGCAAAAGUUUGACGUUAAAAUAUGCAGGGUGUUCCAUUUAAAAAGUACCCAGUUUGUGCCAAAUCUUGUUUGAACAAAAAAACAGUGCUCUAAAAAAAUUUAAAAUACACCACUGACUUUUAUGUAAGAAUAUCUAUUAUAAGCAGUUUUCAAGUUUUACAAAAAAUUUAUACAGGGUCGCGAAAACCGCAAAUCUUAAAAAAUGACAGAGAUACCCUGCAAUCUCAUCCAAAAUGGGACACAGUGUACCUUGCGAUAUGCUGGUGGCCUUAACUAUUUCGCGCACUUAAAUUCGGCGAUCACUUAAAACCAUAUCCAAAAUUUUGUCAAUAUUUUCGGAAGUAGUCAGUUCCACUGGGUGUCCCGUACGAUUCAUUUUUUGUGGAUAAACCGUCAUGUUUAAACUAAUUUUUCCAAUUAUUGUAAACAAGUGCAAACACGGGAUCAGAUGUGCCAUGAACUGCAUCCCACUCGGCUUUGAUUUUUUUUGGUGUUAAAUUGAAAUUAAAUUGGUUAAAAACCGCUCGAAACUCACUUUUCUCCAUUGUUAUAAACUAACAAAAAUUGUUACUUUUGUCGAUAAUAGAGAUUUUUCUUGACACCAGUAUUUGUAACGGACGAAGUUCAAACUCUGACAGUUUUCAGACUAAAUCGUGUUGCCAACUAAGAAACAUUAUUCUUCGACGUUACGAGCCCCAUCUCUUGGAUUUUCGAUUGAACGAUCGUCGUCUACUGGAAUAGAAUGUUCGGGGUUUUAUGAACAUUUGUCUGUUAUUAUCUUUUUUACUGAAAUAGAGGAUUGUUUGCUGGUUGGUCUUUGUACUUUUACUGUACACCAGGGUCAGUGAUGCAAAACCGUGUGUGAUGUGAAACAUCUGAACUAAAGUUUAUUGCAAAAAAAAAACAAUUUGCAAAAAAUAUUAAUUUUAAUCAAAAGUUUAUAACAAAUUUGAUCAAGUUUGUUCAAUAUCUUCCGCCAUAUUAUCGUCUAUUACCAAAUAUUUGAUAAAAAGGAUGAUGGAAGGGAGGUGUGUAACAAGAUCCGAUCUGUCCUUUUUCUACUUCGUUUUUGGUACCCACUUUCCAUGGCAACUUGAUCUAUUGAAAGUGGUCCUCCUAUUUUUGCUGUAUUUAAAUUUGAGAAAACAGAAUUGUUGUCUUUUAAGAUAUUGAUCAAUUGAGGUAACCAUAAGACCUGAUCAUUAUUUCCAUGCUUCUUUACUUUCAUCAUCUAGUUCUCGACAUCCAUGUUAAGUUGGCUUUUUCUUUCGAGAUUAUGUAGAUAGAUAGUUUUCUCAUAAAUCUCGGGAAGAAAAGAACACCACUAACCAUAAACUUAUGAUCAAUUACUUCGAUACUAUUACCAGGACAUGCUGCUAGUCUUAUGAGAAAUAUGGGUAAAAACUAAUUUGAGUAAAAAUUAUCUACCCAUCUCUAUUUUUUAUGGAGGUCUAAGGAAAAGUAUUCGAAAUAAUUGUUGGAUGUGCUAGUGUGAUACAUUGUUAAAAAGUUCAUUGAAAAGUCUGUUUGAAUCAUUCACGUAAUUCUUCCAUCAGAAAUGUGUAGUGUUUUCAGAAAAUAGGCUUUACAGACAAGAAAUAGGUUUUACAGAAGAGAUAGUGUUUACAUUGGUAAUGAUUUUUGAGGUCUAGAAACAUUUCUAAGCUGCCUUAUAAUAAAAUUGGUUUGUCCAGGUAAGUCACCUAAAGACAUAAUUUGAGCAGAGAAGGAACACAUUGUCCAAAAGAUCUCCGAAAAAAUAUCCGUUUCCGUUAAGUACGAUGUUCCUUAGGUCGUCGUUAAUCGUCUCCAUCAGUUUCUUUAUUAGCCUGAUCCAUAAUAAGAGCUUGAUCAAAAAAGUUUAUAAAUAUCGCUUUAUUUACUUAGUGCUACUUCAGUCAGUUUAAUUCUUUAUUUAUUAAUGAACUUACUUAGUACACUGUCAAUGAAAUCAAAACAGACAUCCGGCCAUCUCUGAUAUACCACUCUAUCUUUAACAGCCGCAUAUGAAUAAAUAAAUGGGAGACAUUUAGAAAUAUAAAUUAUUAGAAAAAAUAAGUAACAAAACAAAAAAAAAACGUGGCUGAUGGCUUGCCAAGUUAUAAUAGUAAAAGUCAUGAGUACAACGAAUAUUAACUUUGGUAAUGGCCUGUCACGUCAAAUAUAAUAUAAGAAAAUAGUUAAUUUUUGUUUUUUAUUUAUUUCUUCUAUUAAUAAUAUUCAUACUUGUUAUAUACUUAAAUACCUUCAGCUCCUGUUUAUGUAUGUAAAUUAAUAUACAUAUGUAAAGAUAUACGUAUACCCGAUUUUUUUUAUAGCUUGGAAAUGCGGGCGAUUUCAUCGAUACGUCACUAGAGACAUAAAUAAAGUUUUUACAACUGAACUAAGUGUCCUUGUUUUCCGCAUCCUUCUCUAAUGUUUUACAGGACAUGUGUUUACUUUUUAGACAGGAAUGCAAGUUAAACAUUUUCUGGAAGUGUAGUACACUUUUACAAUAACCUUGAAAAAUUUAUUUGUUCUACUAUUAGGUAACAGAGUAACAAUAUGAAUUCUGGUCAAUUUUAACAAAAUGGUAUAAAUGUGUCAUGCAACAGCUUUUUUAAUGAAACAAAUUUACGGAACUCUAAAAAUGCAUAUUAUUAUAUUUGCACAGUGAAAGAAUAUUUGAUUUUUGAUAGCAUUGUUAACGAAACUGUGAAGAACAUUAUGCACAUGCACAUGUAUUGUAUGAACUUUUUGCCUUAGAGUUUAUUAAACUAGAUGUGUAUGUAUACGCAGACGUACAUAAUUAUUUUAACACCUUGUAUAAAUUUAACCCUUUGGGACCCAAUUUUAUUUUUAAUGAUUUUAAGGAUGUUUUUGCGAAUAUUUUAAGAGAUCAUUUGACAAUAUAUACUAGUUAAAAUAAAAAAAAUAUAUACAGGGAGAGCAAAAAAUUGUGGGACAAAUAUAUCCCAGCGGGAUUUUUAGGUGGGUUAUAAAUAUCCCUAUGGGCCAAACAAACACAUUUUUGUAUUUCAACAUUUUUAUUUUUUUUAUUAACAAAAAGACAACCCGCAAAGGUAAGUAUUUUAGGACGUAUGAUAAAGCGCAAAACAAUGCUUGCAGAACCCUACAUCGCACAUUGCACAAAUAGUAGUGGUUCUAUGUUCUUUUUUCUAAAGACCGCAACGAGCACAUCUUCGCCGUUUCGAUGUUUCUAUUGGAAGGUGAUCACCCACAUUUUUCAUUACUUUUGAUCUCUUUGAUGGCCUUCCACAACUGUUUCUUCGAAGUUUGACUGAAGUUUGCUGUUGUCCUUCUUCGAUUAGGUCCUCUUAUAAGGUAAAUAAAAAUUCCAGUAAGGGUAUCUUUUUUUGGGUACGACGUAAGUCAUUAUAUAUUACCCAGCUGUUAACAACAGCAACCAUCAAAAGUCGAUAAAAUACUUUUUUCCACCAUUUGCAUGAUUUUCUGCCAAAGUCAUACACACCACUCAUCUGAUCAGCCAGAUCCACACCACCCAUGAUUUCAUUGUAGUAUGCAAUAGCAGUGGGACAUGGUACGCCAACUCUCUGCCCAGUCUUGUCUUUUCUCUUCACACAGGUCAUAUCAGGGGUAUGGCAGUUACUCAAAAGAAUAACCUUCUUUGUAUCUUGCCAUUUGAUCGCAAUAGAGUUUGUUUGAUUUGAUAAAAACUCGCAUUCACCCCUAGACAUUUUUCGUUUUUCGAUUAAUUUUUUUGGCAUGUCUUUUCUUGUAAUAAUGGCUGUUUCCACAGCUGGGUAUUGGGGGAAUCCAUCAAACGGACUGAUGUAAAAAAUCGAUCAAAGGCCAGAACUACGUUUGGAUUUUGUAUAGUUUCACAUAAUUUUUUCACAACAGUUUCGCCCAAAGUACCGCUCCUUUCAACGUCAUCCUUGCCGCAAUAUACAUUUGCAUCGUAUGUAUAUCCUGUUUUGGCAUCACAUCUAGACCAUAAUUUUAUGCCUCUUUUCACAGGUUUUUGUGGCAUAUAUUGUUUCAGUGAAGAUCUUCCUUUGAAGCCCUUCAUGCUCUCGUCAAUACUUUGACUUGUACUGUCGGAUCGAUAUUUCUGAAACGUAUAUUUGAAGCAAGAUAGAAGCUCUUGUAAUCAUAAUCUCCCCUGCAUCAGUGAAAGUCGCCUGCUUUUUUUUAUUUUCUUUGUAAUUUCAAGUAAAUUUUGAUUCGCUGGUUUGUAGACUCAGCAAUAAAAGUAAAUAAACUUCGAGGACAAAUUUUAGUGGAUAUGUCCAGCGGGAAGGCAUUUGCAGCAAUUGAAGGAUGUAUGAUACAUUGACUUUCAUUUGGAAUGCUAAGUCUUGGGACAUAGGUAUUUGUAGGUAAUGACCAAAUUAUAUUACCAGUUGUAACAGGAGUUUCAGCCUCUUGAUCUGAGUUUUCAGAAGAAAUAACGCCGUCAUUGGGUUGGGUUAGGUUCUCGUUUGCAUCACUUUCAAUGUCUCCACUAUCUUCGUCUGAAGUAUCCGAGGGCUGAUACAACUCGUCGGACUCUUCACUAUUAUGGAAUGGGUCUUCUUCUGAGGAAGAGUCUUCAUAUGGGGAUUGCACCUCUUCUCCGGAUGACAACUCUUCUAAAUUGUCAGAAAGAUCUUGAAGCUCUGCCCUAGUCAACUUCUUUCUUGACAUACUGUAAAAUACCAUAGGGAUAUAAAUCACCCUAUCAGAAAACACUGGGACACAUAUAUCCUAUAGCCAAAUAUUACACCCAAAAUGCAAAAACCAAAACAAAAAAAACCAUCAAAAUACUUUGCUAUUAUAUAUGCUGAACUUACCUAAACAGAUUGUUUCAAAAACCACACAAAAACUAUCAAAUUUGUAAAAAGACAGUGUCAAAAACCAACAACGUGCUCGCUUUUCGGCGUUUACAAUCAGAAUGACCUCCAAAAAGCGUGUCGCUGCCUGUCGAAAAAUUGUUAAAACCUUAAAAUACCCGCUAAUGACAAUUUCCAUUAAAAACGGGACAUAUAGCGCCCGCAGAUGUUAUGAAAUGUAUGUUGGGAUUUAUUUAUCCCAUUGGGGCCGAAAGGGUUAAAACAAAAAAUGUACAAAUUCAGGAUAGUAGUAGAAUUUUUUUUAAUUUUUAAUAAAUAAUAUCGUAAUGAAAUAAAUGUAAGAACUGUUCAAAGGUUGUUCUAUUCCUAGCCAACACACUGUUGGUUUGCUGCUUUACUUUAAUUUGAAAGAAAAGGUGAUUCUUUGUUGUGCAAUAAACAAAAAUAUAUCCCAAUGAUAUCAUAUCAGUCAAAAUAACGUUUAAGUAUACUCAUCUAAAAUUGCGAGAAAAAAAAACAUGUUUUUAGUACAAAACUCUUCUUUUCUCCCUCCGCAAACAGCUCUGACAUGUAGAUAGUAAUGUUUGUACCUUAAAUCUUAGAACUAGUCUAGAUUAGUGUAUCUGUAGUUUUAGCAAGUAAAAACAUGAAAAAAACCCAAAAAAUAUGGAUUGUAGUAGAAAGGUAGUUCGGCCUUUGACUGACUGAAAACAUUAUUGUCGUUUCAACAUUAACUUAACCUAUAAUAGAAUUUAAAGCUACGUCGAACUGAAUCUCUUUGUCAUAAUAUGUCCUGUUUUUUUGGGACGCUUUGAGAUAUUAUUAUUAAACAGGUGCAAACUAACGUUAGUUUGUAAGAAACUAUUAUGUAAAUAGGCUCACUACUGUCAACUAGUUGUCUAGGUAGGUUUGCUGUGAUCAAAAAUUUAUAUAAAUUGGGCCAGAAAAUAUUAAAUAUAACCAAUGUAAACAUCUUGAAAAUCUUUGUCUAGUUUGCAUUGAUUGUGUUUCAUACUAAAAAUGACAAUUUUAGGAGCUGCUCAUCUCUUAAAGUUGUAUUUUCCAUUCUCAAAAAAAAAAGACUUAUCAAUAUGAUGUACCAUUAUCAAUGUGUAUCGUAGCUUUAGAAAAUGUAAUUGGUGUCAUAUUUGGAUGUCAACAGUAGGACGGCUUUUGCUAAAAGCCUUACUGCAAAAAAGUUUACUGGGCACCUGGUUUCCAUUCCCAGGCACCCUUUAGCGAAAGCAAUUGAUAAUUAAUUGUCCCCAUUGCCUUAUGAAUGUAGUAAUAACGUUUACAUUUUUAGACCAAAAGUUUAUACCCGAAUUUUUUACCAUCAUCGACUACAUUUUGGAUUUUCGUUUUGUAAUUAUUUUUUUCACAUUUAGUGGUGAAAGUAUGUAGUAGUCAAAACCGCAAAUUAUCAUUUAACAUAUACCAAAAUCUUCCUUUAGUGAUUUUUAGAAUUUUAAGGGUUUCUUCUUGUACAGUGUUUUUUUUCUGUGAAGCUCUAUGAAACUAUCGGUUCAUUUAUACACACGCGCGCUAGUUUUGUUCAUUACUUUAGUUUUUUUAGUUAUUGUAGAAUAAAGUUUUUUCUGAGAA